CAACAGCGCUUCUGGCUUCUGCUGGGCUAAGCCUAGUCUUUAUUCUGUCUUUUUGGUCUUUACUCCCGCAACCAUGGCCGAAAAAGAGGCGACGGUCUACAUCGUGGACUGUGGAAGGUCCAUGGGCGAGCGCCGCAAUGGUCGGUCAGUGACGGAUCUCGAAUGGGCUAUGCAGUAUGUUUGGGACCGCAUCACAGGGACGGUCGCGACGGGGCGCAAAACGGCUCUGGUUGGGGUGGUCGGGUUGCGGACUGAUGAUACUUUCAAUGAACUUGACGACGAUCCGGAGUUCUCGCGUAUAUCUGUGCUUUCGGGUCUGAAACAGUUCCUCAUGGAGGAUAUCCGACAGUUAGGCGAACAGAUCAAGCCCAGCAAUACGAAUAAGGGAGAUGCCAUCUCUGCCCUUGUUCUGGCUAUCCAGAUGAUCAUCACGCAAUGCAAGAAGCUCAAGUAUAAGCGCAGGAUUGUCCUGGUGACCGAUGGUCAGGGUCCGAUGAGUUCCGAGAACCUCGACCAGAUCACCAAGAAGAUCAAGGAGGACAAUAUCGAGCUGAUUAUUCUGGGGCCCGACUUUGAUGAUCCUGAAUAUGGAGUGAAAGAGGAGGAUAAAGAUCCGCGAAAGGCUGAGAACGAAGCGCUGCUGCGCAGUCUCGCCGAAGACUGUGAUGGAGCCUAUGGAACAUUGGAGCAGGCCGUGGCGGAGUUGGAGAUGCCCCGUGUGAAGAAUACCAGGAUAAUGGCCACUUUCAAGGGCUUCCUUCAACUAGGCGACGCAGAGAAAUAUGAUACUGCGGUGCGCAUCCCUGUGGAACGGUACUACAGGACCUACUCCGCGAAACCCCCCUCUGCGAGCCAGUUUGCUCUACGAUCCGACCUGGCAGAAGGACAGACACAAUCCUCGGCAACGGUGGCGGGCAACGAAGAGUCCCAGACCGACGGUAGCUCCCUUACAACCAUACGCAACCUGCGGACGUACCAAAUAACCGAUGAAACCGCCCCAGGUGGGAAGAGGGAUGUGGAGCGGGAGGACCUUGCCAAGGGCUACGAAUAUGGCCGGACGGCAGUCCAUAUCGACGAGACCGACGCGAACAUCACGACUCUCGAAACAAGAGCGGCUAUCGAGCUUGUGGGCUUUAUCCAGAGCGACCAUUACGACCGAUACAUGCACAUGUCCACGACCAACAUGAUCAUUGCUCAGCGCGCCAACGACAAAGCAUCCCUCGCUCUCUCCUCCUUCAUACACGCGCUCUUCGAGCUAGAAUGCUACGCCGUCGCUCGCUUGGUCAUGAAGGAGAACAAGGCCCCGACCAUGGUCCUGCUUGCGCCGUCGAUCGAACCCGACUACGAAUGUCUCCUUGAGGCACAGCUGCCAUACGCAGAGGAUGUCCGAACAUACCGAUUCCCUCCCCUCGACAGGGUAAUCACGGUGUCUGGCAAGGUGGUGACACAGCACCGGAACCUGCCCAAUGACGAUCUGCUCGAUGCCAUGGACCAAUAUGUCAAGAGCAUGGAACUUAACGAUACGGAUGAGAAUGGAGAACCAACGGAAUCCCUCCCAAUCGACGACUCUUUCUCGCCGGUCCUGCAUCGAAUCGACGCAGCGAUCCGUCACCGUGCCACCCAUCCCAAAGAACCAGUUCCUCCCCCCGCAAAGAUCCUCACCAGAUUCUCCCACCCCUCCGAAGACCUAGUGGAGCGGUCCAAGAAAUGUCUCGACAAGCUAAUCGAAGCUUCCGACAUCAAGAAAGUGCCGCCCAAAGUCAAAGGCCGCAAACGCACCCGAGAGGCCGAGAAACCGCUCUCCGGCCUCGACGUGGACGCCCUGCUCCACCAGGAAAAGCGCCACAAGAUCUCGCCCAACAACGCCAUCCCCGAAUUCAAGCAGACGCUCUCGCAGGCAGAGAACAUCGACACCAUCAAGGAGGCGGUGCAGCAGAUGGGCGCGAUUAUCGAGGACCAAGUCAAACACAGCCUGGGAGAUGCGAACUACGACCGGGUCAACGAGGGACUGGGCACGAUGCGGGAAGAGCUGAUAUCGUAUGAGGAGCCUGCUCUGUACAACGACUUCUUGAAGCGGCUCAAGGACCGGCUGCUGAAGGAGGAGCUGGGUGGGGAUCGGCGCGAGCUGUGGUGGCUGAUCAGGCGGAGUAAGCUGGGCUUGAUUGAUCGCGUGCAGUCGGAUCGGUCUGAGGUGACGGAGGAGGAGGCCCAGGCGUUUAUGUCUGCUAAGUGGGUGGUUUAGGGUGGCAGAGAUACCAAGUAGUAUGAACGU